ACUUCUCAAAGUGAAACAACUUCUCCAAUAUCUCCCUGUCACUGCAGUUCCUCAUCCCUGCUCUCUUUUCAUUAAUCUCCUAUUGGUGAAGAAUAACAGACAGUGGAUCUGUUACGCUGCAGCUGAGAAACACAGUGUGUUCAGCGAGAGAAGCCAAACUAUACACCAGGAAAAUUCCGACGAUGAGGAUGAUGUUUAUGAUGGACAAGUCCUCAAAAGGCCUGGUGGUUCAGUAGAUGAUUUCCUGAGGGGCUCGGAGCUGGGGAGACAGCAGCAACACUACAGCCAUCCGGAUGAGUACCAGACAGAGAGCAGCCGAGGUUCAGACCUCUCAGAUAUUCUGGAGGAAGAUGAAGAGGAGCUUUAUUCCGAAAUGCAGCAUGAGGAGGGGGGUAGGAGGAGACACAGUGCAACUUCACACAAUGCACUGAAGGUAAGACACGUUCCAUGAGCAGAGACACAUGCACUGCACUGCCAGAGACACUGGUGUGAUUCAGAGUUAAUGCUCUCUCUGUCCUCCCUCCUUAAAUAUUGCCAUGUCCUCAGUGACUGAAUCUUUGGUGUUUUGUUUUCUGAGUUUCAGGAAACACGUUGUGGAUCGUAACGUUGAAUCUGCCUCAUCGUUCUCCUUCACUAUCCCCGUGGCCCCAGCUCCCUCUGUGGGGAGGGGUUCUGGGGUUCUGCUGUUGGUGUUUUACCAGCUGCUUGGUCCUCCCAGGGUUGAGAAUUAAAUGGGAGGUCACGGUUGACAUAGAGAGUGCUAUCCUGUGAGGAAUGGGGAUGGGCAUAUACCACUGAACCAUUCAGAGAAUGAGCAGUUGUACUGUACACCCAUCACAGUCGAGGUCAAGCUGGGCCCAAUGACAGGGCCAAUCCCUGGAUCUGAUCCAGGAUGCCAUCACCAAAAGGGAAGGAUUCGGUGAAGGGUACUCCCCAAAAGCCUGUCAGAGCCGUGACCGGAAUAAUGAGGCUCUGCCAUUUUGUUUCAGUUAAACCAACAGGUAGAGUCAGUAGCCAAGCAACAUGACCGGAUUUGUAACCCAAAGGCUAAUGUUCUGGACACAGGUUCAAA